UCGAAUUAUUCAAAAGGGAUAAUCAAACAAUGCUAAUAUGUCAGCGCCCAUCGUCACGAAUAACUAAAGUGUGCAACGUCCAAAUAUUUCUUAAGAUGUCAUCUGCCGUGGACGCGAAACUUUCAGAAGAAAAUGAAGAAAAACUAACGAAAAGGGCGAGGAAAAGGAAAAGAGGUCAAGACAUGUUCGUUAAGAAACACAACCAUACACCGGAGGGUUUUGACCAUAAACCUGAAACCUCCUACUAUUUUGAAGAUGGCCUGCGAAAAGUCUACCCCUACUCGUUUAUCUUCAAAACAUUUGUUAAAGGGCGCUGGAUGGGUAGAAAGUUGGUAGAUAUCUAUCAAGCUGAAUACCUGUCUACAAGUUUGGAAGAACAUAUAAGUAACAUUGAGAAAGGCUUGGUCACAGUCAAUGGCAAGAAGGUGUCUCCAGAUUUUAAGCUUGCCAACAACCAGCUCAUAGAAAAUAAACUGCACAGACACGAGGGUGCAGUGUUAGACCUGCCUAUCGAGAUUGUUGCUGACACCCCAGAGGUCCUGGUUGUCAACAAGCCCCCGUCCAUACCGUGUCACCCAUGUGGACGCUACCGAUACAACUCUCUCACUCACAUCCUGGAGCAUGAACAUGGAUACACAAACCUUCGCAUCCUGUAUCGGCUGGAUCGCCUCACAUCAGGCUUGCUGAUAAUGCCCAAGACAACGAAGACCUCGGUGAAGAUGGAGUCCCAGCUGGAGCGUAAGCUGUGCCAUAAGGAGUACGUCUGCAGAGUGGUUGGCAGGUUCCCAGAUGGUGAAGUUGAAUGCACAGAGCCUUUGGAAAUUCUGUCACGACGUUUGUCCAUGCAGGGUGUCAUUCCAAACGGCAAAGAAAGCAAAACCACUUUCACUCGCCUUAGCUGCAACGGCACAUCCAGCGUUGUAAAAUGUAUUCCCCAUACUGGGCGGACACACCAGAUUCGAGUCCACCUGCAGUAUCUAGGGUACCCCAUUUUGAACGACCCCCUUUAUAACAACACAGCAUUUGGACCCAGCAAAGGAAAGGGAGGAGUGAUGGAAAAUAGUUUGGAAGAGAUGGAGAAGAUAACCAUGGAAACCAGUAACAUUGGUGCCUGGAAGAAGGGAGACAACCCUUAUUACAUCUCCCGAUUUGGAGAGGACGGGCUAAAACCUGCACCUUCUAACUUGUUACCAGCAGAGGGGCCAUUGUCAUCAUCUUCAUCAUUGGUGAAAGAACCAUCGGAAAAUCAGAAUGGUGCUUGCAAGGUUGGAAACAUAGAAACCAGUCAGAAAUGUAAUAGUACAGCUAGUGAAGAAGCAAGUAAUGAAAUGAAAAUGAAAGAGGACGUAGCUGAUUCAUUUGAUGACAUUAAUUUUGAAAGAUCACCAAAGCUAAAUGAAAAUAGGACUGAGAAAUGUAGCACUGAUGAGGAUAAAACAGAUGAAUGCUGCAGAGAUCAAACUGAACCAAAUCUUGAGCAGGGUAUGAGUAUUGUUGAUAAUGUGGCCGAAACUGAUUGUGUAACAUUGGAGAGCGAGUCGAAAAAACUAAAACGUGAUCAAAGCAUCUCUGCAGACACAAUUGGUGAAGAGGCUGAUACAAAUAAACAGUUGUGUGAAAAAGUAAAAGUCAGUAAAGAGAAACCUACAUUUGAUCCGAGGAAGUUGACUGUAGACCGCAAUUGCAAAGCAUGCAGGCACGUAUAUCAUGACCCCACGCCGGAUCAGCUGAUAAUCUACCUGCAUGCAGUCAAAUACACGGGCCCAGACUGGGAAUACAGCACAAGUCUACCAUACUGGGCAAAAGAGGACUUUGUUGACACUGAUACUCAAAUACGCUGGCCAAACUGACAAGUACAAGACACAAGAUGAUACAACUUCCAUUUUCAUGAUCAUACAACGUCCAUUUUCAUGAUCCAAAGAAUUUAAAAAAAUCAUUUUGGUGUUGGAUAUGUCAGAGAAAACUAUUAUAAUGUAUCUACUUGUGUCUAAAUGGAAAAAAAUCUUAAUGGAAACCUGUGGAAAAUAUCUGAAAAUUAUAAAAAUAAUUGAAAGUUUAUUUUGUAUUUAAAUGUUUUAUUCUGGUCUACAAUCAAUAGUUGGCUCAUACGGUAUCAUCUGUAAUAAUAUAAUAGCUGUUGAAUAGAAAAUACUAUAUAAAAAUGUGUUUGAAUAUAACUUAAUAUGAUUUCCGCAGAAUAUUUUUGUAACAAUUAAUCCUGGAAUUGUAUGGCACAUUCUAGCUGGCAUUUGAAUUCGUGUAUCAGAAUAAAAGUGUUAAAGAAAUUC